UCGACUUCUGAAGRCCGAGCCUUGCGAACGUGGGCUGUUCACCUUAUAAAAGUGCUGCAAAGCUGCGUAUCGAUAKRAUUUGCAUUUGAUUUGUCACAAAGCACAAUUGAGCAGUCUCUCGUACCUGGACAAUAGUCAUAAUAACAUGGYAUUAAGAAUCGUAYUGAUUCUGGCUUUGGCCGGGUUUAGUAUUGCUCAGCCAAAGACCCCUCCUCCUGCCUCUUCAAGUAAUGCUAGUACAGUGUGUGACACUCGUAAGACGACUAAUGGUAAAUGUUGUGUUUUCCCGUUCACGUAUCUGGGAGAAACGUUUUACGACUGCACAAAGAAGAACCUUGGCGUCGAAUGGUGCGCGACUACAACUGACUAUACAUCGAAUAGUAACAAAUGGGGACAGUGYGCCAAAGCACCCAAACCGAUCUUUGAUGUCAUCUUAGAAACGAAUAAUGACAAAAACGAGACGAAAGCACGUUUUGCUCAAGGAGUACAGCUCUUUCAAGGUGACAUCGUAGUUGACAGUGAAAUACGUAGCUUUAUGAAUAGCCGUGGCCUGGUUUUUCCCACUACAGGGCGUACAAAGCGCGCUAUAAUGAGAAAUGAACGUGCCAGAUGGAUUGUAAGAGGCAAAGGACUGGUACCUUAYAAAAUCGAACCAUCUAACUAUCAUGCUCGAGGAGUAAUUCAGCGAGCAAUGAAUCAUUGGAUGGCAAAGGUUCCUUGUCUUAAGUUUGUUAGUUACCGUCCAGGCAUGGGAAAAUAUUUGUCUUUUUUCUCUGGUGGAGGGUGUUAUUCAAUGGUUGGUCGUCAAGGCAACAGUGGUGCUCAGAGGAUCUCUAUUGGUCGAGGAUGUGAGCACAUGGGUGUGGUUGCUCACGAGAUUGGACACGCCCUUGGUUUCUGGCAUGAACAGUCCAGACCAGACCGUGACUCUUACGUUAUCAUUAACUGGCAAAACAUACAACGAGGUUGCAGAUACAAAGACAAUCAUCGCUGGUGUCCCUAUUGGAAAUCUAGAGGUUACUGUACUAAUGCUAAACACGCUAACUACAUGAAAAGAUCGUGUCAAAAGAGCUGCAAUUGCAAAAAAAGCUCUCAAUGUAAAGAUAAAUUCCAAGACUGCCAAACGUGGAAACAGCGUGGUUACUGCAACAAUCAGAGCAAAUACAGCGCUUACGUAAGAGUUUACUGUAAAACAAGUUGCAACUCGUGUUAAAGCUCCAAUGUUUUGAUAUUGACGUUCAUUUUUUUAUAUUUUUUAUGACUUUUGACAUCAAUAAAUACAAAUGAAUAAAAAAUA